CCCUUCUCACUUCAUUCCCCAAAUGCUUCCCUUUACAUUCCAUUUGUGCUUUCCCUCUGCCAAUUUUCCUAACCCUAGACCUAAUUAUUCGCUUCACCUUUAACGUUGGAACUCGAAACACUCUAAGAUCCUCUCCUAAUCAAUUGCAGAAGCUUGCGAUUCUUAUUUUAAGUAAUUUAUUACACAGACUUGAAUUAGAGAAUACGAGGAGUAACGUCCAUGGAUUCACAAGGCCAGACAACAUCUUUGCAGCGACUUCAAAAUGUGGAAAAGAGAAUUGUUAAGGUUCUGGAGCUUGCAGGAGGAGUCAUGGAUGAGCUUGCAAGCCCUGUUGGACCUAGGAAAGAUGUGGUCCAAAAUCACUGCCUUGAAUUCAUGCAAUUAAUCAAGGACAUCCAGGUGGCAUUGCGUGAUGAAAUCAAAAGUGCUUGUGAGUAUCGUCCAUUUGAGAAAUGUGACUACGGUCCAAGAUUAACCAAUGAGAUUUGUUACAAGAAAGUGGAAUUUGUUAUGUCACAGUUGGAUGCAAUGAAACAAACUAUUGAUGAGUAUCAUGUGUCAGUCUGAAAAUGAUGUAGCUUUAAUUCCUUGUAGAAGCUUGGGUUAUCUCCUAGUUUAAAGUUCACUUAUUCGGGGUUGCUUGUUACUAGGAGUUGGGGUGUGUUUUGGAUAGGGUAAGAAUUAUCUUUAGAGAUAGGAAGCUGAUGAAUGUAUUUGGGUGAUUAUAUUUGGGCCUUGAAAAUUCAACAUGUUUUUAUAUAGGAUUUCAAGUGAAGAAUCAUUUUUGCACCCCUCCCCCUCUCUCGUAAUGUAAGGUAUUAUUUUAUUUUUUUUAUUUUUUUUGUUUAUGGACUAUUCGGACAAUACGCAUGUGUGUGCCUUGAACAUGCAAAUGCAAAGAAGUCUAUGGAGUUUCGGUUUCAGAUGAAUGUAGCAAGAAAGCCAGACAUUUAAAAU